UCCAUUUUCCCGCCUCUCAAUUUCCUGUCUUCUUUGGUCACGUAGCAACUUUAACCGCAAGUCAGAUUAAAAUGGGAUAUCUGAGACAAAUUGACAUUGAAAACUUCAAGUCCUGGAAAGGGAAACAAGUUAUCGGUCCGUUCAUGCGAUUCAAUUGUAUAAUUGGUACAAAUGGCUCUGGCAAGUCCAAUGUAAUGGACGCCUUGAGUUUUGUCCUGGGGGAGCGGGCUGCCUCUCUACGGGUCAAGCACCUCAGGGACCUGAUAUAUGGCGCCCACAUCGGUCAGCCGGUGUCCGACACAGCCCGCGUCACCAUGCGGUAUUGCGACGACGAGGACCAAGAGACCGUCUUCUGCCGGAGCAUCUUAGGUGACUCUUCUGAUUAUUGCAUCAAUGGUAGAUGUGUCACUCAGGCGAAAUACACAGAGGAGCUGCAGAAGAUUGGCAUUGUGACCAAAGCUCGAAACUGUCUGGUGUUCCAGGGGGCAGUGGAGUCCAUAGCUUUGAAGGACCCAAAGGAGAGGACCAAGAUGUUUGAGUUCAUCAGUCAGUCCAGAGAGUAUGCUGCAGACUAUGACAGGAAGAAAGAGGCCCUGCUAAGGGCCAAAGAGGACACACAGUUUAACUUCAACAAGAAGAAAUCUGCUAUUGCUGAGAGGAAACAGAUGUCCCAGGAAAAAAUUGAGGCCCAGAGGUACCAAGCACUGGUAGAUGACCUUCACCAAAACACCCUGAAGCUGAGCCUGGCUGAGCUCUACCAUAAUGAGAGCAGCAUCAGCGCCCUCAGCGACACACUGAGGGAGAAGCAGCAGACUGCAGCUGCUAAGAACGAUCAACUGGUAAAUGGAGAGCAGAUGGUCAAAACUUGCAAGAAGGAACAUGGACGCCUUAACAGAGAGCAGCUGCUUAUAGAGAAGGAAAUCCGUGCCCAGGAGCAGAUCUACUCCCAGUGUCGAUCUCAGUACAUCAAAGGCAAGGUAAACACCUCCCAUCACAAGAAGAAGGCUGAGGAGGUCCGUGAUGCCCUGAGGAAAAGUCAGAAGUUGAUGGCUAUUAAAGAACAGGAGCUGGCAGAGGGACAGCAGGAGGUCACUGAGCUAAAGACAACCUGGAGUAACUAUGAGAAACAGGCACAGGAAAUGGGAGCCUCCCGGGGGAGAGACAUCGAACUGGAUGAGGAUCAGGUAGUGCGAUACAAAGAGCUGAAGAAGCUGGCUCACAAGCAGGGGGCCAUCCUCAGCCAGCAGGCAGAGAAAAUGCACUGGGAGGUGAGAGCGGACUACGAGAAGAUUGCUUUUGACCAUCGCAGAAGAAAGGAAGUGGAGGCCUCCAUCAGGAACAACCAGACUCAGCUGGAGGAUUUGACAAGCAGGGCAGAGAAGCUAGAGGAGUACACCAAGAACUGCAACUCAGCCCUUGAAGAGUACCGUCAGCGGGAGGAGUGUCUCAGUGUGGAGCUGGAGCAGGGCCGUCAGCGCAGUGAAGAGGUGAACCGGGAGCUGGGCCAGGUGCUGGAGGAGCUGGGGAAUGCCCGUCUGGACACCCAGGAGAGCAAACGGCAGCUGAAGCGCAAAGAACUGCUAGAGAAGCUCCACAGACUCUACCCUGAAACUGUGUAUGGUCGUCUGUCUGACCUGUGCAGUCCCAUCCAUCAGAAGUACCAGCUGGCAGUCACCAAGGUGUUCGGCCGCUACAUUAAAGCCAUUGUGGUGGCCUCGGAGAAGGUGGCCCGUGACUGUAUCCGUUUCAUCAAGGAGGAGCGAGCUGAGCCUGAGACCUUUCUUCCCAUUGACUACUUGGAUGUGAGUCCUCUGAAUGAGCGACUGAGGGAGGUGCCCGGUGCCAAGAUGGUUGUCGAUGUUGUUCAGGUUAACAGUGCCAAAGAUGCCACCCACCUCAGGAAAGUGGUGCAGUUUGUCUGUGGCAAUGCCUUAGUGUGUGAAACCAUCAAAGAAGCAAGGAGUGUGGCCUUUGACCGGCAGGAACGUAAUAAGACAGUAUCUCUGGACGGGACGCUAUUUGCAAAGUCCGGUGUAAUCUCUGGAGGUUCCAGUGACCUGCGGACCAAAGCCCGUUGCUGGGACGAGAAGGCCAUGAUGCGACUGAAGGAACGCAAGGCCCAUCUGACAGCAGAGCUGCGCGUGAGUCAACACACAAAAUGUCAAAUAUGUCAGGACUUAAUGAGGCUCAAACGGAAAGAGUCAGACCUGAAACAGAUCGUUGCUCAGGCUGAGGGGGCAAGGAUCCGCCUCAAGUACUCCAAAGCUGAGCUGGAAAACUUUCGGAAGAAAAGCAUCCUUAAAUGCCAAGCGGAUAUUUCUCGUAUGCAGAGUGAGUUGGCAAACCUGGACUCUGAGAUCCAGAUGCAACAGGUGAGUGUGGAGACAAAGGAUGCAGAGAUGAGGAACAUCAGAGGACAGAUUGACCAGAUGGAGGACUUGGUGUUUUCUGACUUCUGUGCUGAAAUCGGUGUGGACAGCAUCAGGGAGUAUGAGCAGGAGCAUCUGAAGCAGCAGGCAGAGCUUGACAAGAAGCGGCUGGAGUUUGAGAGUCACUGUGCUCAGUUGAAUGCACGGCUGGAGUACGAACAAAACCAACUGGAGCAGCAGAAGAAGAAGCUCCACAAAAUGGAGGAAACUAUCGAGAAGGAAGAAAGAAUCGUGGCUGAGAAGAGGAAGGAUGAAGAGAUGCUACUGGCGGCGGUGGAGGAGGGUCAGAACAAACUGCUGGAGCUGAAGAAUCAACUGCUCUCUAAGAAGAGCCAGGUGGCCGCUGCCAAAGCUGAGAUGGACCAGAAAACCAAGAGCGUCCAAGAGAUCAACAGAGAGUUGGUGAAGCUUCAGCGGGAGGUGAUGAGUGCAGAGACGGCCUUGGAGCAAAAACGCUUGGCCAGACACAACUUGCUGCUGGCCUGCAAGAUCCAGAGUCUGCCCAUCACUCUGCUGUCAGGGAGCCUGAAUGAAAUCAGCGAAGUCCAGCUGGACACAGAAUCUGAAAGUACUUAUGCCACCAUGGACAUCUACGAGAGAGAGGCACAGUUCAUCGUAGACUACUCUAGCCUGGAGGCAGAACUCGGGAGUCUGCAAGCAGAAGAGGAGGCAGUGGCCUACUUGGAAAGGCUGAAGGAGUCACUAUCCUCCAUAGAGGAGGUGCUGCAUCGCACUGCAGCCCCCAACCUGAAAGCUCUGGAGAAGAUGAGGGAAGUUAAGGACAAGUUACAGGGAGUGACAGAAGCAUUUGAUGUCAGCACCAGGGCAGCCAGGAAAUGCAGUCAGGAGUUUGAACAAGUCAAGUCCCAGCGCUUCCAUCUCUUCAGCCAGUGCUUUGAACAUGUGUGUGUUGUAAUCGAUCAGAUCUAUAAAAGAAUGUGCAGGAACAACAGCGCCCAGGCCAUCCUGAGUGCAGAGAAUCCAGAUGAGCCGUACCUCGGCGGCAUCAACUACCACUGCGUGGCUCCGGGGAAACGUUUCAUGUCCAUGGACAAUCUGUCAGGUGGAGAAAAGGCCAUCGCUGCCCUGGCUCUGCUGUUUGCCAUCCACAGCUUCUGCCCUGCUCCCUUCUUCAUUUUGGACGAGGUGGACGCAGCUCUGGACAACUCUAACAUUGGCAAGGUGACCAGUUACAUCCGAGAAGAGUCCAGGGAAAACAUACAGAUCAUCGUCAUCUCACUGAAGGAGGAGUUUUUCUCAAAGUCUGACGCUUUGCUGGGAGUUUACUCAGAUUUUGAUGAAGGCAUGUUCAGCCGCAUUCUGACCCUGGACCUGCGACCGUACCCUCUGGUUGAAGAAAACAAUGAGAAACAGGGGCACAAGGAGAAGAUGGGACUUGUGUAGCCUGGACUCACCUGCAACAUGCCUCUUCAGGUGUGACUGUAGGAUUUUUGUUUGCGUGAGUGUUUCUCUCUGUUCUGAUCUUUUGACCAGGUGUACAUCCAAAGUACUUGCCUUAACGAAAUUAUGGUUUCUGUGUUCCAUUUUAGGCUCCUUUACUGUUUUUUUUUUUAUUACGAAAAAAGUGUGUGUUGGGGUGGCGGUUAUUGGAUGUGGUUUCUCGUCCUCAGGUAUUUAGCAUUUGACUGGAUUAGUGAAGCAGUUCAGCGUUCUGUGUUCUGUGUUCAUAUCUACUUGUAUGUAAAAAUUCUUUCAAAUUUGGUCAAUAAUAAGACCCACAAAGAAGUUCUGAAAUAGAGCAGUGCUCCUCCUGACGUGGUUAGAUCACAGUUACAGUCGUGUUAAAAAGAAUACUGUUCAGGUGGUUCUUGUUAAUUCUCUGGAAGCUUCCAUAUUAUUCACAGGUGAUGAAUCUUUGUAUGUUACUAACUUGUUUUUAUUUGUUACUUUUCAGUGUGAUUUGUGUUCUGCAAUUCUGUACUGUUCUCUACUUGAAUUCUUUCCAUUAAAUCUACAGAUUUCUGGA